AUGGAGGACAAGCCCUUGGUGACGUCCAAGCAGAAGACGGAGGUGGUGUGUGGGGUCCCCACCCAGGUGGUCUGCACGGCCUUCAGCUCGCACAUCCUGGUGGUGGUGACCCAGUUCGGGAAGAUGGGCACCCUGGUCGCUCUGGAGCCGGGCGCUGUGACCAGUGACAUCAGCAAGCCCGUGCUCACGACCAAGGUCCUCCUCGGGCAGGACGAGCCUCUCAUCCACGUCUUCGCAAAGAACCUGGUGGCCUUUGUGUCUCAAGAAGCCGGAAACAGAGCCGUCCUCCUGGCCGUGGCGGUGAAGGACAGGAGCGUGGAGGGGCUGAGGGCCUUGAGGGCGGUGAUUCAGACCUGCCAGGUGUGGUGA